AUGAGACUGAAAAGGGACGAAGAGUCUUUCCACAUCAGAACACCUCAAGAAACAGCAGCAGAAACCCACAGGAAGAAAUCUCACCACUGCUCUGACUGUGGGAAGAGUUACUCAAGCUCAGAUUCACUAAAAGUACACACGAGAAUUCACACUGGAGAGAAACCUUAUAGCUGUGAUCAAUGUGGGAAGAGUUUUACUACAUCUAACCAGCUGACUAUACACCAGAGAAAACACACGGGAGAGAAACCUUACCACUGCUCUGACUGUGGGAAGAGAUGCAGCGCUUUAGCAACCCUUAAAAUACAUCAGAGAAUCCAUACAGGAGAGAAAUAUUACCACUGCUCUGACUGUGGGAAGAGUUUUUGUUCAUCAGGACAGUUAAAAUCACACCACAUAAUACACACAGGAGAGAAACCUUACACCUGUUAUCAAUGUGGGAAGAGUUUUAGUCACUCAAGCAGCCUGAUAGUACAUCAGAGGGUCCAUACAGGAGCAAAGCCUUAUAGCUGUGAUCAAUGUGAGAAGAGUUUUAGUCACUCAAGCAGCCUGAUGGUACAUCAGAGGGUCCAUACAGGAGAGAAACCCCAUAGCUGUGAUCAAUGUGGGAAGAGGUUUUUUACAACCAGCUGUCUUACUAUACACAAGAGAACACACACAGGAGAGAAACCUUACCACUGCUCUUACUGUGGAAAGAGUUUUAUUUCGUCAGGAUACUUAAAAUCACACCAGACAACACACACAGGAGAGAAAUCGUAUAUCUCUAACCAAUGUGGGAAUAGUUUUGUUACAUCUGGAAGCCUGAAAACACACCAAAGAACACACACAGGAGAGAAGCCUUUUAGCUGUAAUCAAUGUGGGAAGCCUUUUGUUACAUCUAGCCAGCUGACUACACACCAGAGAAGACACACAGGAGAGAAACCUUAUAGCUGUGAUCAAUGUGGGAAGCGUUUUGUUACAUCUAGCCAGCUGACUAUACACCAGAGAACACACACAGGAGAGAAACCUUACCACUGCUCUGACUGUGGAAAUAGUUUUGCUUCAUCAGGGUGUUUACAAUCACACCAGAGAACACACACAGGAGAGAAACCUUAUAGCUGUAAUCAAUGUGGGAAGCGUUUUGUUGCAGCUACCUGUUGUACUAUACACCAGAGAACACACACACAAUCUCAUAGCUGUGAUCAAUGUGACAAGAGAUACUCUGAUAAAAGAUGCCUGAUUAAACAUCAGACAAUUCAUACAUGAAGGAGUUGUUCCAUGAUAUCAAUGAAAUAAUGUCACAAUGUAGAAUAUUUUAACAUUGUAGAAGGAGUAUUUUAAUGAAUAAUUUUAAUGAAUAAUGUCACGAUUUAGAAUGUAUGCAACACUUCAAAAUGUAGCUAGAUGUUUUCUACAAAUGUUCCUCUACACAUUAUUCCCAGAUUCUGUGUGGUUUUUUGAGCUGUUAGUUUUAACAGGACCAGCAACCUCAUCUCCCCCCUCCCCAAUUGAUUUCAACGUGAUAUCGAUAUGAGUGAUGACAAAUAAGUAUUGAAUUUGUCUUUGUUUUGGGGACCCCUGAAUUUAAAUGCAUCACUUAAAAUGUAGCUGACUGUAUUUUGCAGGUUGUCCUCCAACCAGUGAGGUAAAAGAUAUCUCCCAUUUCCAUGUGACUUUUUAGUUAGUUUCAACAGCACGUACAACGUAAUUUAAUCGAGAUCAGUGAUUUAUUGCCACAAAACAACAUUGUUGUUUUAAGAUGCUCGUUUAAAAAAAUACAAGUAAUAUGAUUAUUGAACACAAUAAAACUGUGUUUUGAAAUUGGGCUACCCCACCUAGCAAAAUGUUGUUGAAAAUAUGUUGAAAAGAAGACUAUACCUGACAUCCAAUCUGCAUUUGGUUGAAAGUGAAAGUUGAACAUAUGUAUUUUUCUUGCAGCCUUGGCAUUCAGGCCAUAGAGUCUUGGUCACCUCCCUGACCAAGGCCCUUCUCCCCCGAUUGCUCAG